GUCUCCGUCUGAAGGUUCCGCGGUGGUCGCGUGCGCGAAUGUAAACAGCGCAGAGCUCGGGAUUGAUUCCGCGUGUCUUGUGAAGUUUGGUGCUGCGCUGAUACUCGAAGAGCGGUGUCUGUCUGAAGCGGCUGCAGGGUGUCAGGAUGGCAGAAGGAGUGUCGGACAGUGAUCUCAGCGGAGGAGAGGAGAGCCGGGAGGAAGUGACGAUGACCCCCGCGGAGCUCAUCGCCAGACUGGAGCAGGCUUGGCUCAAUGAGAAGUUUUCUCCAGAACUGAUGGAGAACAAGUCAGAGUUGGUGGAGUGUGUGAUGGAGCAGCUCACACACAUGGAGGAAAAUCUGCAGCGGGUGAGGAAAGGUGAUGUGAAGGCCAGUGUGCAUCGCAUGGAGAUCGAUCGCAUCCGCUUCGUUCUGAGCAGCUACCUGCGCUCAAGACUGCAGAAGAUAGAGAGGUUUUUCCCUCAUGUUUUGGAGAAAGAAAAGUCACGGGCUGAUGGAGAUCCUUCAUUUCUCUCUCCUGAAGAGUUUGCCUUCGCUAAAGAGUUUCUGGCCAACACAGAGGUGUAUCUCCGAAAUGUGGCUCUAAAACACAUGCCCCCAAACCUGCAGAGCAUUGACAUGCUGAAGGCCGUUCCUGAGCCGUGUCUGGACUCGUUUGUGUUCCUGAGAGUGAAAGAGAGGCAGGAGAAUAUCCUGGUGGAGCCUGAGACGGACGAGCAGAGGGAGUAUGUUGUGGACUUGGACAAAGGUUCGCAGCACCUGAUGCGUUACCGUACUAUAGCACCUCUAGUGGCCAGCGGUGCAGUGCAACUCAUUUAAACCUGCAGAGCCUCAGGAACGGAAUGAAGACGCCACAGAGGAGCACCCUUACAUGCUUGAACACCCAUCCGCCUGAAACAUAGUAUCCCAGCUUCAUUACAGAUCCAGUCUGGACCCUGAGCAUGUCUGCAUCUCUGAAUCUAAAAGCAUUUCUAUUUUAAAAUGGCUCAUUCUCAUCAUGAAACUGACAUGAAAGCAGUAUAGAUUGUUAUUGUUGACUUUGAAAGUAAUCUAUAAGAACAAACAUUCUUCUGUGUAUUCUGGUUGUUUGGAUUGUCUUGGGUUAUUGCAACCUCCCUGCAAUAUUUCAUCACUAAUUGACAGCUCAGUUAUUGCAGUCUGAUCAGAAACUGGUGAACCUGACACGCUUGCUCUGAAGCGGAAGCUGUGGUUUUCUCUGUAAAUGGGAAGUUGCUGGUUUGGAUGUAUGCGGUCGUUUAAAUGGUCAUUGGGGUUUUGCUGGUGUGUUAGAAUAAAAUUGCAUUAUUUAUGUUUCUAUACUGGGCCACCAUGUUUUUUGUGUUGUUUGCUGCAUGCUGUUUUGUUGUAUAUUAUAGCUUGCUGCUAGAAUGAUCUGACUCUGUAAGUCUGUCAACAGGAUUUAUGGCAUAAUGUCAAUUACAACUUAAAAUAAUUUUGAUCCUCAGUUUCUGAAAAACACAUUUAUAGUGACAUACUUCAGCGAUGGGUAUCUUGUAUUUUAUUAUAGGAGUCACCAGUUUUUGUGUUUCGAAAUCAAAAUUCUAUCAUUCUAUUCUGAGUGCAUUUAUAAGUACUUUGAAACACACUUUAAAAGUUCAAUUUCAGGAUGACUAAAGCAGAAUUUGUCUAAUUGAAUUUUUAAUAACUAGAUAAAGGUUAUUAUGUCAUGUUUGAUGCAUCAAUUUCUGUGAUAAGACAUGAUAAAACUUUGCAGAAAUACCUAUUGUACCCAAUCUAUUACAUGCCUUAUUUCGUCUGAAUAACAAUUCAUACUUUAAGACCUGUAAUUGUAAAAAAAAAAAAAAAAAAAAAAAUCCCCCUUCAGCCUGUGAUUCACGGCUUUUUGCUGUGAAAUUCUUAUAAAUUAUACAUAAGAAUAACUUUUAUAUUAUUAGUAAGGUGAACACUUAUUGAACUGAAGCAACUUUGAUGUACUUGAUUAUAAAAUUUAUUUGUUCAUAUCUCA